AUGACUUCAUCACAGAUGGCAGAGGCCAUUCCUCAACCUGUCGCGCCCGUUGCAUUAAUGUCUUCAGGCAUUCAUCACUUCGACGCUGAUCGUACCGAACUGUUCGCAUACCCCAAACCCUCUCACGAUAAUAACAGUCCCGUCUUUGCAGAACAAGACAAGUCUGUUGCCGCUGCAAUGGAUACAGCUCUUCCUUCGAAUUCAGCCCAACCAUCGACAAGUCUCCUUCCCGAGAUCAAGACUUCAAGCACUCCUGAAGAGGCACUCAACACUACGAACGAAAUGGGAAAUACAGGAUCAGAAAAACAUACUGAGAACAAUGCUUCCGCACAGCCCAAAGUGCCAAUCGAUUCCGCAAUGGCGAUGGACAAUGCGACAAUUAAACGGGAGUCGCAUGAAAAAGAGGCCAACGAGACCAACCCCGAGAUUUUUGGACAACUCGGUCCAGAAUCAGCAGGGCAACCCACUCAGGAACAACUACAAUCGUCAAAUAUUGGACCCCUUGCCUCAUUUCCUCCUUAUAACACGACAAAUGCACUUGUAGAUCCUGCGAAUAUAUAUGGAGCGGAUAUGAAUUUGGAUGGCAAUGUAUGGGCCUAUGGUCAGACUAUGGACUUUCCAAACGUCGCGCCCAAUCCGGACUUUUAUAAUCGACAACCUUUGAUAGACCCGGGAGUGCAGUUGGAUGGUUAUGCAAAGCUAGCUUUUGAUGAUUCGGACUUUUAUAUGACUACACAUGAAUUGAUCAUAGGUCGUGAUCAAAAUGGGUAUAACAAUAUGAGAAGAUAUGAGAAGGAACAUGAGGCAAUGAAUACAUCAGAAUUCUCCUCGUUUAAACCAACCAUGCAGAUCGAAAGUCAUACUGGUGGUAUCAUGGAUCCUUGGGUAAAAUUGGCAGACAGGCGAAGUCGCAAGGGAAAAAAGAGUAAGGGCUCAAGAUCUAUCAGCGGAAACAGUGCUAGUGCUGGAUCACUUUUUCCUCCUGCGAAUGGAAACAUGUCACUUCAAAACCCCGAUCCGCAUAGUUGUCCUGUCCUCCAUGUACAUCCUCCAUUCAACAAAGGUGUAGCGGGCUUCAAAGCAAUAUCCAGAGAACACGUUAAAAUAUUCUAUGAUGACCAUCAAGAUAGUUUCAAAGUAGAAUUCCUUGGUAGAAAUGGAGGUUUCGUGGACGACAUAUACUUCGAGCCUAAGCAGAUAGCACCAUUAGUAAGUGGUAGCAAAUUGCAAAUGGGCUUUGUUUUCUUUAGAUUUCUGUUACCAGAUGUCGUAAUCGAUGACACAGGGUUCCAGUAUCAAGAAGAACCUGAAGAAGAAGCAACGGCUACUGCGACAACAACUUAUUCGGAAGGAGGGAAAGAAAUGAGUCUUAGUUUUGAUGAUGCACCACGAGCUGGUGAUCAGAGGUCUACCGACAGCGAAUGCUCUUCAGAAUAUGAGAACGAUUUUGCCGUGGACGAAAUUCCUGAUAACGAAGUGGACAGAGCAGAGGAUCUCGAUCCUUUGUACCCCUUAGGAGUAGCAAUUGACGAAGAACAAGACGCCGAGGAAGCAGAAUCCCCUGUUGACAACUUAACGGACAGUAGCCCACAGCCUACAAAGAAACGUGGGCCAGGACGCCCGCCUAAGAAUGGUGUGAUGUCCAAACGGGAACAACAAAUUGCUAAGAAGGAAGCCCUGGAAAGAGAGAGAAUUCAAGAAGAAGAACGGGCGCAAGAAGAGCAGAGGGUUGAAGAACAAAAUCAAGCAACAGCCUCAAAAACUGUACCUGGUAAGAACAAAGUUGGUCGACCAAGAAAGCAUCCACGACCAGAUGUUACUGAAGAAGGACCGCCACGACAAAAACGCAAAUAUACCAAGAGACAAUCAGGCCCCAAGACCCCUGAGGAGGCUGAUGAGGACAGAUUUGAUGAUGAUGGCAAUUGCAUACAAGCCAAAAACGGAAGCUCCAGAAAGGUCGCUUAUGUUUUGAAAGAAGUUACACACAAAAGGGAGGACUACACUGCGGAUCAACUUUCAAGGCCACCAAAGAAUUAUCUUCAGGUCAUUUUUGAGCUUCUAAAAGAAGCAGAGCAACCUUUGUGUCUUCCACAAAUCUAUAACGAGAUGGAGGUCCAGUAUCCGUAUUACGCCUUUCAAGAAUCAAAGGGGUGGCAAAGCAGUGUGAGGCACAAUUUAGGACAGCAUGAUUGCUUUGAACGUACUAAACGUGCCGGUAAAGGCUGGGCUUGGACUCUGAAGCCCGGUUCCAGUUAUCUAAAGGAGAAGAAGAAGAGAGCACCUUCACCUCCAGUCGCAGGUGGAAAUCAACCAAUAUAUCAAGCUGGCCCAUCAGUUUCUGGUUACGGUCAACCUCCGCCUGGAUAUAUGUUGAAUCCCAAUUUAUGUCAUAAUCAGAUGAACCCACAUGCACAAGGGGAGUAUCAACAAUACCAACCAGGCCAGCCCUACAUGGGCCCAAAUCCUCACUAUUCUCCUUAUCCCCCUCAGGGUUACCAUCCACCUCAAGGUAUUCAGCCACCUUUUAUCCCUCCAAUGGCACCUCAAUUGGUACCUUCUGCGCCUGCUUCUUAUAGUUCCCCUUAUGCUCCGAAGCCACCUGCCGCUGGAACACAAUCUCAAGGCACUCAACAGCAAAAUCUACAGCAAACUUCGCAACAACAGCCUCAACAACAACAGCCUCAACAACAACAGCCUCAACAACAACAACCUCAACACCAACAGCCUCAACACCAACAGCCUCAACACCAACAGCCUCAACACCAACAGCCUCAACACCAACAGCAUCCACAUCAACAGGCCCAACAGCAGCAGAAUCCAAAUCAACAACAUCCACAGCAUCAACAACCAUAUCCACAGCCUCAGCAGUCUCACUAUCAACCACCGCAGCCACCGAAAACGAACCAAGCACCAGUGCAGUCACAGCAACUACAACCACCAACUGGCCACCAAACCCAGACUGCUGCUCAUGCUGCACCACAAGUUACGCAUGGAGCUGUACCAGUCGCGACUCCUCAAAAAAGGGUCAUACCUCCUAACCUGGUCGCUGCCAUAACCGCAUAUCGUAACCAUGUUGCCAACUUGAUCCGUAAACGAGCUCCAAAUGAUGCUGAGGCAAUUUACCGAACAUGA